AUGCGUCGAAGUUCUACUUCAUCGGAAGCCACUUCAUCACAUCAACCAGUUUCCCUCGUGCAAAAUGCCAUUAGCAUUGCAAGGAAUUUAAUAUCAUCAUUGGAAUUGUUGGGAGUUAAAGUUACUGUACAUUAUCCUCCGGAAUUGGCAAGUCUUUCUAAUGCACAGCAAGAUGAUCAAGAGGAUGAAACUGCUCCAAAGAAGGUUAUUCAAUUCACAAAGGAAGUAAAGGAUAAAUUGAAAGCCUUCUUUGAGAGUUAUCCUACAUUGGUUGAAAAGUUCUUUGAUACCGAUGACUUGAUCUCGAUAUUUGUCAAGAUGAAUGGAUUAACAAUUACAAAUGAAGUAAUUUUCAGAAAUCGAAAUAGUAAAGCGGUUUUGGAUAUGAUAAAGGAUGUGGAAAAAAAACCAAAGACUAUAUAUCAACAAUCAUCAUCAUUGUCGAGUGCUAAUCAAUCAGGAAAGAAGAGAUUCUUAAAGGAACACAAGGUAGCUCUGAUUGAUUUCUUUAAGGAUUACAAGUCAUUGGCCUCGACUAAAUUCUUUGAAUCGACAGAUUUAAUUCGCCUAUUCAUUGAUUAUAGUCAUUUCAGUGUUCCUGUGGAGGUGGAAAUUAUUCAGAGACAAUCUAAGCAUGCUUCUCUUCUUGAAGCUAUUCAAACUUAUGGAAUUAAGGAUGAUACUAUAGUUUAUAGUGAUUCGCCUGGCUCUAAAAAGAGAAAACAAGACGAAUUGGUUUCUACACCAGUUUUUUCACAACCUUUGAUUAAGAAGAAUAAGUACAUUUAA